CAAACACAUAGUUCAAUACUUAUCCGACCACCCGCAGUCUGCUGAUAGCCUGCUGGACAAAAUGACUACUUACACAACAGCAUCCCAGCCACACCCUCCUCACAGUGCAGCAACAGCAGCAGCAGCAGCAGCAUGGUGAUGAGGAUGAGGAUGGGGAUGCAAGUCGCACUGCUUUUGGCUCUCACGGCUGUCUGCAAUGGAAUCCUCCCUGAGAUAGUGUACUCAGGCAUCAGUCACAUCCUGCUGGAUAAUUCGGUCCAGGGAGGCACGGAGCAGGACAGCACGUUUGUGGAAGUGGAGCAGCUGCCAGAGGAUCUGCAGCACAAGCCUGAGGAUGCGUUUCAUCAAAAGGACAACGAGAGUGACAGUUCCAGCCCUCAUCUCAAUAACCUUCCUCCAAGUCAUCACAACGAAACUGCUUCUGAUAAUGAAUCCGUCCACACCUCAGUAGAACGGGAGACGAACCACAUUACAACAGACACCCAGUUCAGUGACCUGGGGAACAAUAUUGAUAAUGGAUGCAGUGCUGAUGGAGACUGUGGGAAGGACCGAUAUUGCCAUCAUGACACACACAACUCCAAGUGUCUGCCUUGUAAAGCAAUCGAUAUGUCCUGCACUAAGGACAAGGAGUGCUGUGGGGACCAGCUGUGUGUAUGGGGUCAGUGCAGUGUGAAUGCAACAAAAGGAGAGGCGGGCAGCACUUGUGAACAUCAGACCGACUGCAGCCCGGACCUCUGCUGUCUUUUCCACAAAGCGCUGCUCUUCCCUGUCUGCUCGACCAAGCCCAUAGAGCGUGAGCGCUGCUUUGGGGCCUCCAACCACCUGCUGGAGAUGCUGUCCUGGGACGUCCAGGACGAUGGACCCAGGAAACAUUGCCCCUGUGCAGGAAAUCUCCACUGCCAGCAUCUGGGGCGAGGGUCCAUGUGCCUUAAAGGAGAGGACUCGAGUGAAGAGGAAUUGACAGACAGUCUGUACUCAGAGAUAGACUAUAUCAUCUGACCCUGGGGUCCCCACUGACUCCACAGCUUUGUUGCAAAGAGCAUUUGCACUUUCUGUUUGCCAGCUUAAUCCAAAGUGGUCAAGAUACACAGCAUGGAAUAUGAACAAAAAUAUAUAUUUUGAAUUUGCUAUUAUUUAGACCUGAGGAUAAAGGUAGAUAUAAAAAGGUACUAACAAAAAACAGAAAUCAUUAUAUUUGCAGUCCUGUGUGGAUAAUAUUCCUCACUACUUAAUGCAUCAUCUUAACUUCAACCCUUAUCUAAUGUCACAGCCAUUCAAUGGACAGUAACACAAUACAUCUUCUAGACACUGUAUCUCUGUUGACUAUUCACCUCACAUCAGCUUUUUCUGUCAUCUGUAUGACCUAUUACAGCUGAUAUCAUGUUGAAUUAGCAGCACUGCAUUUUCUCAAUUGAGACCAAAAUAAUACACCCAGUUUGCAAUACGAGUUAACUAACUAUGCACCAGGAAGGAUGCACUGUGUACUGAAUAGUAAAAGAAAAAAACAGUAUCACAGGAGCAUGCAAUAAUAGUAUUAUGUGAAGCUUUCAAGACUCCCUUGAGCAAUACUUGUGUAUGUCAGCACUCUGUGAAAGUAUUAGGUUAACAUGUAAAUAGACAGUUGGUCAUAUUGCCACCCAGGACGCUCAUUUGCUUCCUUGUGUGAGUGAGUGAAUCUAAUAUCAAUCCCCUGAAGGUAUUCGGACCAAACCUCUUUUUCCUCUUCAUUUUCCGUUAGCAUUCCUGAUGAAAUGUUUUGGUUGCUUGAUCCUAGCAAUAUCUGCUAAGUACUUAUUAUAGUAACGACAUAUACUGUACGCACAACAGGAGGAAACACUUUCCAACGUGCCACGUUGUUAUAUUUACUGUAUGUAUAUAUAUUAAUUGUAUAAUGUGCUUUUCUUGUGUUUAUGUUUUUUCCUUUUCUAUCAACUUAUUUUAAUUGUCUUUCAAGCAAUAUCUCGUAUGUAACAGCGUGUCAACAUAUCAGAUGUUGGUUCAACAACUGCUUAUUCAAGUAAAAUAAUUAAACUAUAGUCAACGGGACUUGGACCUUGUUUGAAAAUGUAACAAAUCCUGUAUUAGCACUAAUAAAAUCGUAUAUUCUGAAUACAUUUA